GCGGCCGAGCCGGGCCGUCGCGCCGGCGCCGCUGGGAGAGGCCGGCGCGAAGGGGAAGGGGCCGGCGGCUGCGGCGGCCAAUGCGAAACUGGCUGGUGCUGCUGUGCCCCUGUGUGGUCGGGGUCGCGCUGCACUUCUGGCUCCUGCUGAGCUGCCCCGGGAGCCAGCCGGCAGGUCCACUGUCCUUCUUUCCUCAAUGGAAGCUGAAGCAUUAUGAUGUUAUUGUAGGUGUUUUGUCAGCUCGACACAAUCAUGAACUACGCAGUGUUAUAAGGAGCACUUGGUUCAAGCACCUGAAACAACAUCCUGCCCUGAACCAACGUGUCCUUGUGAAGUUUAUAAUAGGUGCGCAUGGUUGUGCUGUGCCCGUGAAGGACAGAGAAGACCCCUACUCCUGCAAACUUCUGAACAUCAGUAACCCAGUUUUGAAUCAGGAAAUUGAAGCAUUCAGUCUCCCUGAGGACAUACCUUCUGUGCUGUCUGAAGACAGAAUCGUCAGUGUGAACUUCCGUGUGCUUUACCCCAUUGUCAUUACCAGCCUUGGGGUAUUUUAUGAGGCUGAUGGGGUGGGAUUCCAGAGGAACAUCACUGUAAAGCUGUACCAGGCAGAACAUGAGGAAGCCAUCUUCAGUGCUCGCUUUAGUCCGCCAAGCUGUGGAGUGCAGGUGAACAGAUUGUGGUACAAGCCAGUAGAGCAGUUUAUUUUGCCAGAGAGUUUUGAAGGUACCAUUGUGUGGGAGAGCCAGGAUCUUCAGGGUUUGGUUUCAAGAAACCUUCAUAAAGUGAUGGUGAAUGAUGGAGGAGGUGUUUUCAGAGUCAUUACAGCAGGGGAGGGGUCACUGCCACAUGAACUCACAGAAGGUGUGGAGGGAAUAGCAGGUGGUUUUAUCUACACUAUUCAGGAAGGUGAUGCUCUUUUAAAAAGCCUCCAUACUCGCCCAGAAAGGUUUGCAAGUCACAUCAAAAACCUUGAGAAGGAAGAUGCUUUAUUGAAGGAAGAAAGCAGUAUAUAUGAUGACAUUGUUUUUGUAGAUGUGAUUGACACUUACAGAAACGUUCCCUCCAAACUGCUGAACUUCUACCGAUGGACAGUGGAAUCAACGAGUUUUGACUUGUUGCUGAAGACGGAUGAUGACUGUUACAUUGAUUUGGAAGCUGUUUUUAACAGGAUAAUGCAGAAAAAAUUGGACAGGCCAAACAUUUGGUGGGGAAAUUUCAGACUAAAUUGGGCAGUUGAUCGAACUGGGAAAUGGCAAGAACUGGAGUAUCCAAGUCCUGCAUAUCCAGCCUUUGCUUGUGGGUCUGGCUAUGUCAUCUCCAAAGACAUUGUGCAGUGGCUGGCAAGCAACUCUGAAAGAUUAAAAACGUACCAGGGUGAAGAUGUGAGCAUGGGCAUCUGGAUGGCAGCUGUAGGACCCAAGCGAUAUCAAGAUGGUCUGUGGCUGUGUGAGAAGACAUGUGAGAGUGGCAUGCUGUCUUCCCCCCAGUACUCGCCCCAGGAGCUGGGAGAGCUCUGGAGAUUAAAGGAACUGUGUGGAGAUCCAUGUAGAUGUGAGGAAAGAUGAUGGACUUGCCUUGGAAAACAGGGUAGUGUAUAAUGAUCAUGGAAAAGUGUACAUUUGGAUUCAUUCCUGGAACAGUAAGAAAUACUAAGGUACCUUUUAAUGCUGGGUUUCAACUAAAGUAUAACAAUAUUUGCACAUCCCUUUUGAUAAUUACAAGUGGACUGAUACUAUUCUUUUUCUAUAGUAUAGAUGUUGAUCAGACAAAAACCAAAAUGUUCAAGAUUAAAAAAAAAACCUUUUUAUAUAAAGUCAAAGACCUACUUGUAAUUAAUAAAUGCACAUAAGAAUGCCAACUAGCCUGUCUUUUGUAAAUUAAAGCACUACUGAUUUGAUUCAGUAUAGGGCUGUUCCAGGAUCCUGUGAGAGUUGUGCUCAGCACCAGGGCAGUGGGUAAGUCUUGCUGCAGCACAUUCUGUGCUAAGGGGUUGCCCUCAUCUGUGCAGGGACAGGGACAGCAAUGGGGGCUAGGAUUUGUGAUUGAUUAGUUUGUUUAUAUCACUGUCAUUUUAAAUAAAAAUAAAAUCAAGGUUUGCUUAUACCAAAUCUUCAAGUACUGCAAGCUUGGCCUGAUUUAGGAGGGAUUUCUGAGAGCUCACUCUGACUAGAUAUGAAUCAAAGGUUACACAAGUGAAAAUAAGCUUGAGGAACAGCACACUAAAGAUUGUAAAAUAAAUAGCAAUGCCUUGCAGUGUGCUGAGAACUUAUUUAUAAUGUGGUAUGUUACUACUGUAGGGUAGAAGAAAGGUCUGGCAGAUUUUGACCUUAAUCAUCCAAGGUUAGAUACUUGUAAAAUUACUUCUGGGUUUUGUUCACUUUAAGGUUGUUGGAUGUAGGUGAAAACAAAGAGCAAGUGGCCUCUCAGUGCAGCACUGAUCUUGUCGUGUCAGCAAAGAGAUCACAGCUCAAACCUCUGUACUCAGUUCAGUAAAACAAAUUCUCACUGCUGCUGGGGGCAGGAAGUAUAAAAUCUUGGCAAAAAGGGUGACCUUGAGUUUUAUUUAAUUGAAGCAUUUAAGCACUGUUUGGUAUCUCUCCAGUAGGACAAAUGAGCAGAUGUUUUCAUGGAGGCUGAUGACCAAGUUGAGGAGCUGAAAAGUACAAUUGUACAGCCCUUUGGUGCCACAUGUGUGAAACUCUUAUUCACCUGUAUGUCUGUUCAGGCACAGGCUGUCUGUCUCUCUUCUGCAGUUCUUGUGUCAGCUUUUCCUUCAGUCCAGCAAGAGAGUCUCUUCUUACCAACGUACUAACACACAGUCUCCACUUUCUAUUGAGUAAAACUGCAAAGGCUUUAAGUCAUUGUCUAGUUCAACUUCUUUUCCUUCCAACUAGAAUAAAAAAGAAAAAAAAAAAAAUCUAAUCAGACUUACACUGAAAUCCCUUCAUGUAAACCAAAUAGCAGGCAGUUGCAGUCAGGGAGAAUCUGUCAUAUUACAGGAAUUAAAUUAGGUCCUAAGUUACAGCAUGAAGACAGCUCUCCUCAAGUGAAAUGAAUUUCUUUGUAUAGUAUUUUAGAACAUGCAAUGGACCUUUAGCAGCAUGAAAUGUUUUGUUGUUCAAUAUCAGUUUUUAACUCACUUUAGAACUUUUGUAGGACAGUUUCAGGUCUGAACCAGGAAUUUUAAAUAGGCGAUACAGCAGUCCUUUGACCUUCUGAAUAGUCAUAGACUCUGUGGAGGGGAGAGAGAGAAAAGUUAUUAGAAAAAUGCUGCUGCCGCUGAGUGUAGCAAAGUACCAGUGUUUCACUUUACUUGCUUACAGCAACAGUGAAAGGCUGUAUUGCUGCUUCAGUUCUAACACUGCAAUAACAUCUUUGGUACCUGAAACCAUGUCUGCUACUGUCAAGUGGAAAAUGGUUUCUCCUGUGGUGGAUAGGGCAGGAUGUGCUACUACAGAUUAAGCGCUUUGAUCCCAUACACCAAAUGAAAGCGUUACGGCUUCAUAAUUUACCUUUUUUGAGUUUGUAUUUCUACAUGCUAAACUAAGUGACCUUUGGGACACACACCAGCCAGGUUCUGACUACUUGAAUCUGGCAACUGUUCCUUGCAGUUUUCAUUACCAGGAAUUGGCUUUCCCAGCACAAGUAAGGAAAUGGCACGGUGGAACUAGUGACAUUCUUAGGAAUGGUAUUGAGUUAUUAGUCCCAAACACAUUGUCAGCAGAGUUGUUUAUAUUAUGAAGUCAGUUAUAGGAAGGGGUAUUUUUUGUAAUGGAUCUUGAAUGAGUAGAUGUAGUUUGUUCCAGAGGUGAUACCUGUGUUUGCAAUAGAUAAACUCAGUAUUUUGGUUGAACUUUCACUUCUUUUGAAGCUUUAUCUAAAGGCACAGCAAUAGCGAGUUACUCCUGUAAUACCACACAUUGUACUUAGACAAAUAUUUUUCUAUCAAACAUUUUUGUAAAAGCUGUAUCUAUCUGAUUUUAUGCAACUUGUGAUAAUAAAUGUGAUUUUUAUUUUAGAAUAAA